GAUGAAUAUAUAUUAAAUCCCACAACCGCCAACAGAGGGCGUUAGCAGCGCACCGUAGAAAAUCUAUACGGCACACACUUGAAGCUUACGAUGUGUGGAGCGUAGUAGAGGAUAGUUCAGUCGUGAGAGGAGAGAAGUAUGUUUAAAUGAAAUAUGUCGAUUAGCAAUGAAGAAGAUAACAGGUUCAAUUCAGGAUAACCAUGUUCCGUGUUUGUAAUUUCAAAUUUUGGAGCGGGCUGUUUUUACAGUGGAUUUUCCUAUGCUGGGAAUUAUUAUUCGUAAAUGCAAAUAGUGCUUAUUGUCCGGGAGCAUGUUUCUGUCCGUCUCUAACCAAAAAUGUCUACUGCUCCCGGAAAAAUCUGCCUGUUAUACCUAAUGGAAUACCUGCCGAUACUAUACAACUUAACUUAAAUGACAACCCGUUUUCUGUUACAACUUUGGAGAGAAGCAAUUUCUCAUUUUAUAUACGAUUAGAACAACUCUUUCUGAAAGGAUGCGGAGUUGAAUAUGUUUCAUUGGAUACAUUUGCAGAUUUACCCAAAUUGAAGUGGUUAGAUUUAAGUAAAAACCGACUUAAAUCUAUUGAUGAUUAUACGUUCCGAGGUUUAACCUUAGAGCAUUUGUUCUUAAAUGACAAUCCGGGUAUUCAAUUGUCCAAAAAUGCAUUCGGAGGCUUAAGAACAACGGGAUUAUAUAUCCAUGAAUGUGCCAUUUCUAAUCUAGCAAUUGAAGUUUUUAAACCGUUGAAUGGAACAUUGAAGGCGUUGUGGAUAGAUAAAAACAAAAUCGAAUCAUUUGGAAUUGAGUGGUUGUAUUUAUUCCGGAAACUAAGUCACGUAAGGUUAGGAAACAACCCAUUUCAUUGCAAUUGUGAGAUGAAAUGGCUUUUCGAUUUCUACCACAAGGACCAGAGUACUGAGAAUAAAAUACCGUCAAAGGAAGCGCCAUCGUGUCGAUCUCCGGCCAAUGUUAGGGGAAAAGACUUCGGUUCUUUAACUGAAGACGAUUUUGCAUGUCAACUUCCAGUGUUUAAGAAUGUGGACCUUAUCUUUGAGGAAAGUGUUGGUAAGUUGACAUGCUUAGCCAGUGGAGACCCAGUUCCAACCAUCCACUGGAUAAAACCAGACAAUACGUCCCAAACGUAUCCUCCAAAAUCAAAUCUUGUGCACGUAAAAGACAACGAGGGGGUUAUGUAUAUAAGUAACCCCCAUUCGAUCAGCAACGUCAAAUACCAGUGUAUAGCCAGCAAUCCGGCGGGUAACGUCACUCUUUCCUUAAACGUUUUCUGGCCCACGCAUUACCCACGUGACGUUGGGAUACCCGAUGUUCCUAAAACAGAAAAACCACAGACAUUCAAACCAACAACGCAUUCAACUACAUUACCAUUAAAACCAGAGGAGAAAUAUGUCAAACCGGUAUUUCCGAUAUCCACCAAAUCGGACAAAAAUGGGAAAGAUAAAGACACAAUUUAUGUCAUCAAUGCAACCAAAGCAGGGAUGAGCAUGGAGCGGCGAGUUACGCCCCCUGAUCAGAAUUCGGAGUAUUCGGUAGUGGAUAUUAUUGGAGCUGUCGUUGGUACAUUUGUACUCACUCUCAUCGCAUGUGUCGUCAUUUUUCAUAUAUUUUAUCGUCAUCAUGAAAAGAUUUUUCGCGAUCACCCACCGUCAUUUGGCGAGAAGUCGCCCCAUGUGACGAACCUCGCGCCUGCUGAAAAGCUGCUUCUUCAGAAUAAUCAAGUGUAAAGAUGGCUUUGUGUCUUGUGAAUUGUGAGCUAAUACUAUAUUCUGAUGGAGAACUCUGUCAUUAUAAGAGCCGAGCUUAACCUUAAGUUCACCUCACGAAGAGGAGAAUCAUGUGCAAUAUUAAAAGGGAAUUUUCUCGCCUUUUUUGUGGGAUUUUGAAACCUGAAUAAGUGGAAGAGUCUGUUGUCCUCAAUCUCAUGGAUGAAAACAAAGAAUUUUAUUGAUUUUGCAAUUUUGAGUGAAAUCUCUUUUUUUUCUCAACCUUAUAAAAACAAAGAACAGUUUUGACAAUUCAAUUUGAUAACAUUUCUAAAGUGGAUUUAGUCUCUAGAUUGUGCAAGCUUAAGUAUUUGCAGAAACUGCAGGCUUAUUUAAUUAACUGUGUAUGCUUAGGAACAAAUUAGAGCCCUGUGGCCAUUCAUUUCUCAUUGGACACCGAUCGUGUCAUUAAUCUUGCAUGUUUUUCCAUUUUAUCAGAUCUAAACACGUCACUUUAUGAAAUCACUUAGUUUGUGGUAAUUUCGUGGGAAUCUAUUUCAAAAUUCAUUACCCCCAGAGUGUUCGUAAAGUGGAGGCCUGUUUGCAGUUGUUUACAUUAACACCCUUUAAUUUUCUUUUUGGGAAUAUUGGUUAUGAAAUACAGGUCUGAAAAAGAUGCAGAAAAAGUUUUAAAAUUACAAGGUGGGAUACCCUUACACUGUGAGCUAAGACGCGCGCUGUGGUUAAGUUACAUUCCUAUGAAUACUGAAAUUUUGGUUUAAAGUGAUUUGAAAGCUUUAUUUUGUCAAACAAAAAGAACAUCCAUUAUGGCUCUUUACCCGCCCAUUGCGAUAACAUCAAACUAAACACAGAUAGGGGACAAACGAGGUUAAAACUCUACAAUUAACUUAUAAUAAACCACGAGAUAGGAAUCGGACCAUAAGAAGAAAUUUUACUCGUCUAUCAGACUGGUAUUUACUUAGUUUCGGAAAUAUUACGCAAUUAUUUGGGGAAAUACUAUAUUAGUCUUCAAUUACUUAUUCCAUAAAAAGAAUAUCUUUGUAAAUUGAGAAGGCAAAUAAUUAUAGCGAUGUAUUUAAUGUGGUCGAAUAUGGGUAUUGUUACAUUGUUCUUAUUUAAUUGCUUUUUUGCAGUUUAUAAUUAUUUUUUUCUGUUACUUAUCAAUGGAGACAGAUCAACGGAUUAUCUUAUAGAUAAGAUUAUCCGAAUCAUUCAGAUACGCUUGAUUUAAGAUGAACUGUCUGCUCUCCUAAUUGAUGACUUUACGCUACUUAAUCUACGUAUAAAUUGCAUUAGCUGAUACUUGAAAAUAACUGCCAUUAAGUUCUAACAUCCAAAACUACGGCAUCGAGACAAUUUUCGAGUUUCACGCUCUUCUGAGAAUUAAGUUCAUUAUUUGCCCGGUCCUUUAUUACAAAGCAGUAAAAUUUCGCCUGAAAAGCGGAAGAUAAUUUACAUUAAUUUUCGCCCAUUUGUAAAUCUAGAAACGCGGCCUCUUCCUGCUAAUUUAUGAGGACAUUGCAGACAGUUUGUAUAUUUUCAAUAUUUACAUGUACAUGUACGUCAGAAAACAUAUAUAUAUGAGCCUUCAGUUAAAUCAAAUUACACAGCUUGCAUUGGAUUGAUGUCAAAUUUAUUAUAACCAGAAGCCAGAAGUAUAUGUUUAGUUCUAAAUCCUUAACUAUUAUUUCAGUAAAAUUGUAUACAGUUUGGUUCAUUUCAAUGCAGCAAGACUCUUUCGCUCGAACGGUGUCCUAUAAUUCAAGAGAGUGAAGACUAGACAUUUUUUUCGAGAGGGGGUUGAAUCUGACUUUUAUUAUUUAUAUGCUAAUGUAUUUUUUAAGAAAACCAGUUUCAGAAGUCGUAACUUAUAUAAAUACAUUGUUCCAAUGUAUAAUUCACGGCAAUUUAUCAAUACAUCUUCUGCAUGAAAUAUUAAUGACUUGGUUCUACCUUUACUGUUAGACAAAUCAAUACCAAAACCCUUAAACCCCCCUAAAAUUUGUACAAGACAUCCUCAACAUAGAUUUCAUCUUGUUGGCAUGUCUUUGUUAGAAAUUACCAUAAUACUACGCUAAAUCCUCUGUACACAUCGACCUUAACAAUAUAUUUGCUUUUAUGUGUUUGCUUAUUUUCAUCUAGAAACAAUUGUAACCACAGCUUUUUCAAGAAACUGAAGUUUUGUUUGAUCUUCUACUAAAGAUAAAAUUUUCUUUUAAAUUGAAACAUAAAUUAUUUUUUAUUUACAUACUCUCUAUUCAUUUAGGCCUGACUCUCUUUUCUGGAAAUGGUUUCUAAUUUCAGACAUUGACAGUUCAAAUUCAAAUCGACUUUCUUGUACAAAUUUUGUUUGAUGUAUAUACAGUCAUUCAUUGAAUGGCUUUCUUCUUGUUUAAAUAGAUAAGCCUGGCUUGACGAGACUUAAUUUGUUUCCGACUUCAUAAACUGAGAACGGACGCAUAACAUGUCAGCCCCGGGCUGAAGAUUGUCAUUUUUUUCCAUGGAAACCUGCUUGUUGUUUCAUUUUAUUUUAUAUUUAUGUCUUCAUGGUGUGAAGAUUCAGAACUUAGUAACAGGAAGAUAAUUGUUUGAUGUAGACACUAAACAUGGCCGACUAAAUAUCUUUUCAUUGUUCCGGAAAGAUUUUUACGCAAUAAGUCACGGUGUCGCAUUUAAUGGCGCUCACUACGAAUUUGAACUAACUACUGCCUGUUUUUUGUGUUCUGUUUGUAUUUUUUACAUUGUUAUUCGUUUAGCAAAAUGGCAGUUGUAAAUAUGUAAUGAGUAUUGAUUGUUAUAUUUGAAGCAAAAUGUGUAAAUGUAUAGCAGAUUUGAGAGAAAGCAUUGUCUGUGAAUAGAAGCGUUAGUGUGGAAUGGCUGAAUGCACAAUGUAUUUAUUUUGUUUGUUUUUUCUGACUAAAGUACAAAAAUGAAAUGAAAUAUCAUAACUAGUGAAA